UUAAAUAAUGGAGAAAACCCAACAUAUAAGCUAGAAAUUGCAUUCAAAAAAGAACAUUUUCUAAACACACGGUUUUAUUCUAAUGGUGGCCAGAAACCAACAUUUGGUUCCCAUAACAUGGGGAUCAUCAGUGAAAUUUAGCAUCGUGCAGUUUUUUGUUUCACUUCUUUUCGCUGUGUUUUUCGUCGCAGCAGUUUACAUGUCCCGAGUGUUUGUCACCGUUAACAUGAUUCGGGAGAAAGUAGAUGUUACCUUUUCUGGUGAUUCACAAUCAGAGUGCGAUUUGUUUUCCGGGAAAUGGGUGUUUGAUAACAAGUCAUACCCUCUUUACAAAGAAAACGAUUGCAAAUUCAUGUCGGAUCAAUUGUCCUGCAACAAGUUUGGAAGAGAGGAUUUAAGCUAUCAACACUGGAGGUGGCAACCUCACCAUUGUGACCUCCCAAGGUUUAAUGCAACAAGAUUGCUGCAUAAGUUAAGGAACAAGAGGAUGGUGUUUGUAGGAGAUUCUUUAAAUAGAGGUCAAUGGGUUUCAAUGGUUUGUCUUUUAGAUUCAGCCAUUCACAACCCAAAAAUGAAAUUCUUGAGCUAUGUUAAUGGUUCCAAUUUAAUCGCCUUCAAAGCUCGUGAGUACAAUGCAUCAAUCGAGUUCUAUUGGGCACCUUUAUUGGUCGAGUCGAACUCAGACGACCCAGUGAACCAUAGGUUACCUGAAAGGAUCGUUAAGUCACAUUCCAUAGAAAAGCAUGGUAGGGUUUGGACGGAUGCCGAUAUACUAGUCUUCAAUUCCUAUCUUUGGUGGAGACAACCCCAUAUCAAAGUCUUGUGGGGUUCGUUUGAAGAUCAAAAUGGGAUAUAUAAAGAAGUGGAGAUGCUUCGCAGCUACGAGCUGGCCCUCAAAACAUGGUCGGAUUGGUUAGAGAUUCAUGUUAACCGAACCAAGACUUCCUUGUUCUUUGUCAGCAUGUCACCUACUCAUGAAAGGGCGAACGAGUGGGGUGCAUCCAGUGACCAAAAUUGUUACAGCGAGACCGAUAUGAUUACCAAAGAGGGAUAUAGAGGCAGCGGAACAGAUCCAAGAAUGAUGAGGAUAGUAGAAAAUUCCAUUGAUGAACUCAAAACAAGAGGUUUAAAAGUUCAAAUCAUUAACAUAACUCAACUUUCAGAAUACAGGAAAGAAGGGCAUCCAUCAAUUUAUAGGAAGCAAUGGGAUGCACUCAGUGAAGAACAAUUAUCAAACCCGAGUAGUUAUUCAGAUUGUAUACAUUGGUGUCUUCCCGGUGUGCCUGAUGUAUGGAACGAGCUUCUAUAUGCUUAUAUUUUUCAACAAUGAAAAAUAUUAAAUAUUGUUGUCAAAGAGUUAUAUCGAUCAUAAUUUAGAUGUGAA